AUGCCCGCUGACGAAAAGACUGCGCAGAUUGAAGAACCCACUGAGGUACAAGUUGAAGAGGCUGAAGCUGCUGAAAACAUACCGCCUAUGGUUCGAGUAUAUACCCCUAAGCUGCCUUACCCAGUGAAACAGAGGAAAUCCCGCAGAGAUUUGGAGGCAGCUAAGUGCAAAGAAAUGGUAAGCAAGUUGAAUGUGAAGCUCUCGUUUGAAGAUGAUGUUGAAAUGAUGCCUGCUCUGAAGAGAUAUGUCAAGAGCUUGGUGACUAACAAAGCCUCACCUAAGGAGAAUGUUAUGUCUAUCUCCAAAAGAUGUAGCACACUACUUCAGAACAGAGCACCAGAGAAGAUGGAAGAUCCUGCGAGUUUUGUGUUAUCAUGUGAGAUCAAAGGAGCUGUAUUCGAGAAAUCUCUCUGCGACUUGGGAUCUAGUGUGAACCUGAUGCCAUACACUGUGGCACAGAGGCUUGGUCUCACAAACUUCAGGUCAACGAAAAUCCAGCUAGUCUUCGCAGAUCGCUCAGUAAGACAUCCCGUCGGAGUUAUUUUAGACAUCGAUGUGGUGAUCGGAAACCAUAGAAUUCCUGCAGACUUUGUAGUGCUGGAGCUCGAUCAGGAGCCAAAGGACCCUCUCAUUCUGGGACGUCCAUUUCUGGCCACAGCAGGAGCUAUCAUCGAUGUAAAGAAAGGGAAGAUAGAUCUCCAUCUGGGAGACAUAAUCAUGAAGUUCGAGGUGAAUAAGAUGCUGAAAAGACCCACACUGGAUGUACACACGUUCUCCAUCGAUCAUACCUCAGAAGAUGAUGAUGAAGAUGAUGAAGUAACUAAAUAA